AAGCUGACACACAUAUGUGCACAUACACACACAAACAGGAAGUGUUCCCAGAUUUAAUGCGUUAAACAAACUCACUUGUCGGACUUUCCACGGUUGCCAGCGCCCAGAAACUUAAACCCUUCCGCCAGAGGAACUAAGGAUAAAUCAGGACAAGCGUCUAGUAGAAAGAUAACAUUCGAGAAGAAGCAUUCCGCUUGAGAAAUAACCAGCAACUCGCGACCCGCAAAUCUACACAGCCCCAUUAAAAAUGGUCAAGCUGUUCGCUCUGAGCAUCUUCCACAAGGGCGCCAGCGAGGCGCGUCUCUUAAAGACUGCAGCCGAUCUACAGUCCUUCUCAUUUUUCCAACGUGGCACUGUCAACGAAUUCAUGACCUUCGCUUCCAAGACAAUUGUGGAGCGCACACAGCCGGCCCUGCGGCAAUCUGUCAAACAGGACGCCUACAUGUGUCAUGUCUAUGUGCGGGCGGACAGUCUGGCCGGUGUCCUGAUCGCCGAUCAUGAGUAUCCGCACCGCGUGGCGCACACACUCAUCACAAAGAUCUUGGACGACUUUACGGCUAAGGUGUCGGCGGAUCAAUGGCCAAAUGGCACGGAGGCCACCAUAUCGUUUGAUCUGCUGCCAGCGUUUCUAGCACGCUAUCAAAAUCCUGUCGAAGCGGACCCUUUAACGAAAAUGCAAAACGACCUGGACGAGACAAAGAUCAUUCUGAAGAAUACCAUCGAGGCGGUGCUGGAGCGAGGCGAGAAACUGGACGACAUGGUCAGCAAGUCGGAGAAGUUGUCACUGCAGAGCAAGGCGUUCUAUAAGACGGCGAAAAAGACUAACUCGUGCUGCAGCUUCACAUAGGCGCACCACCCACCGUCAUUCUCUCACUACACUGUAAUCCUCUCAAGCAACAACAACAGGAAACACCAGAUAACGGAAAUAAAAGACAACACGAAGGAUAACACGAUAACACCAACAAACAAAAUAAAACCAAACAAAGUGCUAGGGAGCUGCGUGGCUUGGAGUUUGAUAAUUGCUUUUUAUAAAUGAAUUAGUUAAUUUUAUAUACUAUAUAUACUAUACUGUAUGAUUAGGAGGGCCAGUUGCCAGUUAUGUAAGCCCACUAACCCAAUGUUUACUCGUCUGUGGAUCAUCAGAUCCUGUUUGUAUAUGUCUACGCUUUUGGAAAUCUGGAUGUUAAAUAACAUUACAAAUUACGAUCUAAACCCAUGUACUGUUCUCGUAUCUGUUCCGGAGAUCUUAACUUGUCUCUUAGCUACCUAUUGAUGUUGUGGGCUUUGUUAUCGCCUCUCCGGCGGAGACAAUUAUGUCGGUAGGCAGCACUUAUACAAGCGCCGUCGCACAUUCGAUCUGGGCAACUGGAGAUCAAAUUGUGUGGGCGUUUCAAUAAAAAAGUAUUAUGGAAAAGUGA